UUGCGUUAUUGGGGCUGAUGUAAUCCUGUUAACCUUCUAGGGUUAGCGAACGAUGUUGUUGCCUCUCGCUGAUCAGUCAAUGGACGUGUGGUUCGUGGGAAGCGCAGUGCUAGGACAUAGUCUUCAUGUUGUUACUAUUGAUCUUAUCCUCCGAAGCCAAUUCGGUGAAUGUAAAUUUCCGAUGAUCAUCAGAUGAUGCCGAUUUAGAAUUUCCGCAUAAUGUAUAUAGGUGAACGUUGUCCAUUGAUAAUGGUUAAUAGGAUCGGUACUAACUCUCGGACAGCUAAUUCUCUGUGGCCGUUUUACCUCAUCUUCUGUUUUGCGAGUUUUGAAUACAGUGGCAGUAUGGCUUCCGUUUCCGUGGUAAGCUGUCCCCCUGCGACUACUGUUCGGUUGCCCUCUUUAGGUCUAGGCAAAUGUCUAGGGCGUGAUAGAUCUGCCGUAAUGCAGUUAGUAGCGGAGGUCCCUCGAUUUGGGACGACGUUGGUAAAGGUGGGUGCAUCAAGCUAGGCAGGAUCGAGUUAUGAUUGCCCUUUUCACUGCAUCGAACAUUAAAGAACUCUGGUAACUCCUCUCUGGCCGUGGCAUUCAGGGCAAUAGGAAGGAGGAGUUGUCUUAUAAUGGAGGAAAGUCCUCGAAUGUUCGUUUGACCCCGUUCGACUACCAUGGUCCGAUAUCCCAUUCGUGGGAAACAUCACGCGACAUCGGACUUGCAGCACACGAAGUCCCUUGAAUAUUUGGGGUGGUCACGUAUUAUCCUGGGAUUCGCUCGAAAAUCAGCCCCUAUGGAUUUGAGGACAAAGGGGCUCUCUUAUUCUGUGCACGUGAACGUAGCAAGUGUGUCCAAGUACUGUACGUUCGGUCACACAAGGCAGAAGCUGAGAUCGAACACCAGUCAUAAGUCAUGCUUUAUGAGUGAAUGCAGAUUGAUGAAAUCUCAGUAUGGGUCAGGUCGCGACUCUCAGGAUGAGGUUAUCGUCCAUCAUGAGAGCAAUGCUCCUCCCGUCUUACACAGAGGCCAAGCGUGGCAUCAAUACCUGUGGUACUAGGAUGUUCGUCCUCCCCUCCUCGCUUCCGAACCUAUCGGGGAGUAGUUCAAUGGGAUGUUACAUGACCCCUAACCGUGGGGGCCACAUGAUCAAGGAGAAGACGUAUAAUCAGUUAUUUGGUGGGG